GUACAGAACAGAACUGACGCUGGCAGCGUCAGUUCGUAUUAGCAGUGCGCCGUCGCCGCUCGUUUCGUAUCGGCUCGUCGUCGAAGUUGUCGUCGUUUCAGCCGUCACGGGAAAGUCGUCGGCUACCGAGGCCAUCCUCGGCGAAGGCCCGCUGCCCGCACACACGCCGUUGCACCGGUCUCUCUGAUAGGAGUUCUUGUUUUUGCUUUGUUUUUUUUUUAUUGCCGCCUACCCACCUUACAUAACUCAACGUGAGUGCAAGCUCUGGUAGAGCUACAAACCACGACAGGUCGUCGUCGUCGUCACUGCGGUUGUUGUCCGUUUCCUGGGCGCAACCGAACCGUCGAGAAUCCACCACCCGUGACAAACCAGUCCAUCUAGUCGUCUCCUGCAGGGGUCGUUGACUUCGAGCUCGCCACCAGGCCGAGUAUCGCCAUGCCGAGCACGGGCCAGGUGCCGUCGCUGUCGGCGCUCCAGCCGCCCCCGCACGAAGACGCCCACCACAGCCACCACCCGGCCAAGGACCAGUACCGGGUCGUGGUACUCGGUGCAGCUCGGGUGGGCAAGACGGCAAUCGUGCACCAAUUCCUGUACGACGAGUUCCCCGUCGACUACUUCGCCACCGUGGAAGAGUUCCACACCGGCGAAUACGAGCUGAACGGUGCCUCGCUAACCCUGGACAUCGUGGACACGAGCGGCAGCUACCCGUUCCCGGCCAUGAGGCGGCUGGCCAUCACCACUGCGGACGCGUUCAUUCUCGUUUACGCCAUCGACGACCCGGAGUCGUUCGAAGAGGCCCGGCGCAUCCACGACCAGAUCGUUGAGCUGCGCUCGGCCAAGGCUCCCGUGGUCGUGGUUGGCAACAAGUGCGACUUGCCCGCCGCGAUGCGUCGAGUCCGACGUGAAGUCGCCGAGACCAUCAUCUCCAUCGACUGGGAGCACGGGUUCGUCGAGUCCUCGGCCAAGGAGAACAUCAACGUCUUGGGAAUCUUCAAGGAACUCCUGGUCCAGGCCAAGAUCCCGUACGACCUCAACCCGGCCGUAGUGAACAAGAGGCGUCGCUCGCUGCCCGUGUACCCGACAAGCCCGACCAUCAAGGACAAGACGCUGCUCAAGAGGAACAGCUGCGCAGUGUCAUAGCUGCGUGGAAGUCGUCGCUAGUGUUUUUUUUUAUUCUCUUUACCUGAACUCACGGACCGGACUAGAGCACAGUGCCAGUGAGUGUGGAUGUGUCGUUGACAGUGGAGGUUUUGGGGAAAAUCAUCAGACAAAACUCGCCGCGAGAAAGCAAAGCCUGAUAAAGACGAACUCUUUUUGCUGGGCACAAAUACCAGCGGACUAGUGUCCAGCUUCAGGCGAUAACGAACCACCUGCCAAAAGGGACGUCUGAGUGAAACCUUGGGCAGCUUAGCCGACAGUCCAGCUAGACAAAAUGCGUGAAGUGACUUUGACCUCACCAUACAUCACACAAGUUGGGGCUCCAAUAACCACCCACUUUCGUCACUGAAGGUCGGUACGGUGACGUGAAAAUUCCGCUGACAACAACAAAUAUCGUCGGUCUGAAACCUCACCGUAUGAAAAUCGCUAAAGGCUCGCAUUCGCUUGAAGAGCUAGUCGUAAGUCGCAACCAGGACUGACGCACGCAGUUACUUGAAGCCUUGGCAUUCCAUCUCGACCAGCUUGAGUUCAUCACCUCAUCUAUUCACGAGGACAAGACUAAACAGAAACUAUUAAGCGGUUCGAGUUACCCGCCGUUCAAGUCGUCGCAGUCCGCAAGGUCUGACACAAUGGCGAGUGUUUGAGCACGGACAGUUGCAGCCCAACCAGCAUGCAAGAACAAUCGCACUUCGUUCACAGAAACUUCCCCGCGAUUAACUUUGACUUGAGAACGCAAAACUCGGCGCAAGCAAAGAACAAGCACCCUGUUACCAGCAUGAGACAGCAAAUACAGCCAUCACUCUGGCUCGAUCCUGGCUACAAGAUCGACCAAUGGCUUUCUCGCUACGACAGACACGUCAGCGGAGCCCCCGUGUCUUCCUGUGCCACAGGCAUUCUAACCUCAGAGGACAGUAACCUUGCAACUGUGCUCAAGAUUAAGAACUGCGCAAUUGUGUCUUUUGUGAGAACAGAUUGACGCGUGACAACGGUUUGGUUACGCUCCGGUUCCAAAACGAAAGCUGUUACAACUCAUCGCAAUGAACGUACACGUUUUGAACAUUGCAUAUUCUGCCGGGAACAUCCCAUUUACGACAUGAGUCGUCUCUCGCAGGUGUAAAAUUCAAAUGCUCCCUUAUGCAUUCGACAAAGACGACUCGAAGGCGAAAGCAAUCUUCUUUUUCUUCUGAGUAUUUAUUCGUCACUUAUCCCUCCCAGAAAGCGUUCCGCGCCUCAUCUGGUUUUGCACUCCCGCCGUGAUCCACCCACGUUUGACCAAGCAACGAUGUCGCGUGAUGACGGCUCAUUGUGACGUCAUGAUGACGCCACGUUAUGGCGUGACAUCAGAUUGUGACAUCAUCACACUCUUGUCACGAAUGUUGACGGACUGUGACGUCAUGAUGACGCCAUGAUCUGAGGUCAUCUCUCGGACUAGAUCACGUGGGUUUUUGGCGAGGAUUCGUGAGACCUUUGCGAUACCUUACGAGAUCUUGAGGUCUCUCAAAGUGUUACGCCAGUCUCGCACACGAGAUUGCCAGGAUAGCCAGUUAAGGCUUUCCUCUUCAUGAAACGCGCCUGCGCGUGUCAGAAUUCAUAGAGCGCAUUCACAACGAACGUAUGGUCACGCAGCACCGGCCAGUGUUACUGAGACCCGUCUCGAUGGCGCACAUUGUUAACGAUGACCCAGGACAUGCCAUGACAUGAAACACACACGACGAAAGCUAAGCCAUGGAUGCAGCUUGAUUACAGUAUUCGCGUACCGGUUCAGCAGAUCGCUCUUCUUAGUUUGCAGGCGAAACGAAAUCAAAACAACCAGGAAAGCGAUGUGAAAGCAUUGACUUUAGCGUCAGAAUUGAAGUACGCAUUUUAGUAUCGGUAUUUGAAAAAAAAAAGGAGAACAGGAAAGGCAGCUGAAGUCAGUUAUCUACGAACACGUUUCACUCACUCAUGUCGAAUAGCUUUGACCAUUGCCAAACCACAUGUUCGCACGUUUUUGUGAUUGCCAGCAUGUUCGUACUUUCCCAAGGACAUUUAUAUCCUACCCUUCCUUGUAAGACAAAUAGCACAGCCUGACAUCUCCCAACAGUAGCAAUCAAUGUCCUUGUUCUCUUGUAUGAGUAGUAUAGAAGGAGCCAAUGAAGGCUUCUCCAACCAAAUCUGAUGCUACAUCUACCGUGAUUAGGAGUUCUUAGAUUUAGGCAUAUAGGAAACUCUUAGUUUCGUAUAGUCAUAGCAUUCGUGCUAAACCUGCAUGAUCCUAUAACCAAACUGACCUAACUAAACAACUAAAUUUAGUGUUUUUAUACCACACCUUUCCUAUGCUUCAUCUCCUUUCUGCACUUUCACAAUCUUCAUCCUUGCAUCUAAAUUGCUUGUCAUACAAACCCGCAGUCAACGGUAACGUAGCGGUGACCGCAACCAUUUAUUAAUGCGAAGUCCCAGACCCCAACAUGUAAUCCCUAAAAAGCGUGGUUGAUAAGAAAGAGUAGCGAUCAACGACUAUCCAUCUAAUCAAUUCCUCGAUAAAGCCAAAUACACUCAUGUUCUUUUUAAGUACUCGUACUCAUGAACUAAAAUGGGUAAAUAAAAAUCGGAGCUCAGCGCUGCUCCUGAUCAUCCAAUCACGCGUAUCGAAGUUGGAAAAGAAUGCUGCGACAUAGCUAUCUGUCGCACUGAAUGAUUAGAAGAGCUUCACGCGACGGAUAUUCACCGAGUUUGACUAAUGCACUGCCGAGGGAUCACUCACAACAAUCGCUGUUUUGCUGCGCGCCCGGGAUUGAGAGUCGCUUGAGCGACCGACGGGCACGGAUGACAACAUGAAGAAACGUUUCUCGCGGAAAUUUCCGCAGAUGUCAAACAAAACAGUGACAACGCUUUUCACAACGUGCCUACGCGAAGUGCUUUUGUUUCUAUUUAUAUUCGUAUUUUUCUGUCACCCUUACUCUCUAGCCGCGCCUCAACUCGAACCAAGUUCAUAAAUAUCAGUCGGUUGAUGACGUUAUUAUAAAUUCUGUUAUCCGGUUUAAAGUCCCGAUUUACUAUGUUGAGUACUAAAUAUGUCAUUGUGAUAUCACCUGGAAAGACGAACUACUUUCUGGCAUUCCGGUGAGCACGUAUUCAACGCAUUUAUGCUCAACAAUUUAGUUCGUUAUAUCCAGUGAAGUGACAGUUUUACUUCGUUAUAGCGAAGUUGCAGAUGAAUGUGUUUCUAGAAGAACUUCACAGCGUAAUUAAAGAUUCAUUAUAUCCACAAAAUUCGUUAUAACGUCGAAGUAAUUGUGAACGCUUCCGUAGCCUGUACAGAGAGAACGCAAAUAGGAAUGGCCUUGGUUCACCACACACUAACGAAGUACUCAAAAAUGCAAUGCGUCGUCUUUUUUUGACGGUAUCGGCAGAUAAAGAAAAAUCCCGUAUAAACGGCAGAUCGUUUUGAUUUAUGGUUGUUCACACAAAUGCAACCGUUGCUUCCUAGGUGAUCGAUCUUUACUGAGUGUGAUAUUACGCUGAAUUAGUAACGUUGUGCCUAAUUUACUUGAGGAUAGUUCGGCAAGGUUCGAGCUGUAGGUGUGACUGGAAAGCCCCGAGUAAAAUCGAAUAAAAUCUGCAUGCUUCCUUUAGAAGUGUUGCGUAAAUCGGUGUGGCGACGCUCGAGUCGAUGGUGAUGCCUACAAAUUCCCAUCCGAAACCACGUGACGUAAUCCAUGUGUUUGUGACGGCGAAAUAAUUGCCAUCUUAAUCGAGCUUUCCAUGUGAUUUGUUUUCCUUUCUUGCACUUUCUUCUCUUCUCUAUAUAACUGUUUGAUGUUGACGUCUACUUGAAUGUGUCUGUUUAUGUGGUAUUUCUUUCGAUAUUCUCUUCAUUAGUUCAUUGCACGAGGGUCGGCGUCAGGAUUUUCUUACUGGAGCGUAGGGGGGGGGGGGGGUAGGGGGCAGGGACCCGCGACAAGCGAGUUCCUUUGGGAAAGGGGUGGGGUUCAAGUAGUGAUAGUCAAAACAGAACUUAUGCGUUGUGUUUUGGUUAUGUUUGCUCUUGGGGGUAGGGGGAGGGGUUUAAGAGUGGGCAGGGCAAGAUUUCCCCCCGUGUCCCCCCGUUUCUGACGCCGUCCUUGCAUUGCACAGGAAACGUGCACAGAAGUUCUUGCAAGCAGACUUGCUGCAAGACCUAUAACAAAGCACAAACCAAGCUUCUAGCCUUGUUUUUUUGUUGUGCGCCGAAACACGAGCUAGCGCGUUUGACCACAAAGCGCAGGAGAAGAGGUAAACUCCCUUGAUUGCGCACUGGAUCUUAUUUUUUUUAUACGACUUUCAUGGCCCAUCAACAUGUCAGUGUUGCCGUACUGCAAACUUGAUGGCCAAUUUCAGAAUUAUUGAGAUUAAAGAGAAACGAAGUAUGAUUUUUUUAAACAUUUUCUGUUGUUGUUCAGGGACAAUCUGUCCAUUCAAAGUGCUAUCAAAAUACGGCCAACUGCACAGACGUCAUGUGUAGUCCAUAAAGUUCGACACUAUCCGCUUCGGCAGCACGCUGCAAGAGUUGAUUGCGGAGGCCACGCAGAGGGAAGCGCAGCUCAACUCUUCGAGUGCGCUUAAAUUAAUCGAACGAGUUCAUCAAUAAGAGCAGGCUGUUUCAUUUCUUAUCCAAAGAAGAGUGUGACGUUGCAGCGAAACAAAUUUAGGAAGAUACCUUUAGCCGAAACGUCCUACUCGAUGCUGGACUCGAUGUUUAGAUGUCGUUAGUCUCAGUGUGUACGAAGCCUGAGUUAAGCUCUUAGUUUUGCUUUACUUUGACUACCAGUCGCGUCGAUGCAAAUGAAUACUGUUUGAAUAUUGUAAAAAAAAACGUAGGCUAGACCCGUUUCAAUGUGAGCACUACGUCUGUGAUUAUAGGAGACUCCAGUGUGGUCUGUUUAUGUGUGUUAACGAGCUUGCAUCGACGUUUCUUUUGGAUGUCGUGAAGCCACGGUGGCGUUUCGUGUUCAUUUGUUGUGCUUUGAUGGACUCUGGUGGUUCAACUUUUUUGUGCAUCUCUUCAGUGACAAUGACUCCCGGACGCGACUACACUUCGAAUGAUGAAACAAAGGCUGCUUCCACUGUGUAAAUAAAGGCUGUUCGAACUGUA